UCGCCAGCUCUCAAACCGCUAAUUGUUGCCACAGCACACCGACGCAACAGUUAAUUGUUGAUAAACUAGAAGCUGAACGUUGUAUCAUGGAUUUUCUGAAAGGCUCCUACGAUAAACACGCGCGUGUGUGGAGUGGCGACAAACGUCCGCUGAUUUACGAUUUCGAUUGUUCGCUGGGCAAAGUUAUAUACAACACACUGAGGAAUUGUCCGAAAAAAGUUUGUCAGGUUUCCGAUAACGACGGACGUGAGGUAACCAAUGGGGAGACGCUCACCUGGUCUAUACGCUUGGCUCAGCAUUUCAAGAAAAUGCAUCUACGCCAUGAUGAUGUGAUCGGUAUUGUUGCCAAGAACAGCACUUAUUUGACUUCUGUGGCUGUUAGUUGUUUCAUGAACUGUACCCCGUUCCAUGCCGUCAAUCCUGUAUACGAUACGAUAUUCUUUAAUAUUCCAGAGACUAUUGAAAAUGUGUUCAGUACCACGGAACCCAAAGUAAUUUUUUGUGAUGGCGAAUUUUAUGAGAAAGUCUACGAAGCGACACGUUCACUGAAACCGUUAUUCUACACACUAACCAACCAUAUUGAGGGCGUGGCAAGAAUUGAAGACCUCUUGCUGCCAACAAAAACUGAAUUUUUCUAUCAGCCUGAACAACUAGCAUUGGGUGGUGAACAGACUGUGGCGAUACUGUGCUCCUCCGGCACCACUGGCCCACCCAAAUGUGUGUGUAUAUCGAAUUAUGCGCUGCAGAUAGAUAAUAUUUUUGUGACCAGUGAGGAUGUGGUUUUCACCAAUAGCAGUAUAGACUGGUUUACUGGUUUGUUAUACACCGUUAUCACAUGCACCUCCAGCUGCAAGCGCGUUAUAACGAAUCGCGACUACACCCCGGAAUAUUUUGUCGAAUUAGUGAAGAAAUACAAUAUCAACAACGUCGGCGCUGCGCCACGUCACGUCGCACAACUGGUGGCUUGUCCCACAGCCACCGCCGAGAAUUUGAGCACAAUUCGCUCUUUCGGCAUCGGUGGAGGCAGCGUAAGUCUACCCAUCAUACAACGUCUACAAAGCAUUGUCAAGAAUAGUAUAAUUACCUUUGGUUACGGACUAACCGAAAUUGGUGGUAUCUCAUUUAACUUAGGCUAUCAGUUUCACUCAUCGGUGGGUAAGUUGGUGCCCGGUAUGCAUGCGAGAAUUGUCGAUGAGCAAGGCAAGAAUCUGCCGCCGAAUGAAGUCGGCGAGAUUUAUAUAAAAACUGGACGUAUAUGGAAUGGUUACUAUGGCAAGCCCAUCGAAACGCAACGCUUCCAAGACUCGCUGGGCUGGUUUCACACCGGUGAUCUUGGCUACUUUGAUGACAAUAACUUCCUUUACAUUGUCGAUCGCAAAAAGGACAUAAUCAAAUAUCAGGGCAUGCAAUACUGGCCUGGUGAGAUCGAGCAAGUGAUCAGUGAGCUGCCCGAUGUGGCGGACGUAUGCGUGGUAGGCGUGUAUGACGAAAAUCACGGAGAUGCGGCCGGUGCCGUUAUAGUGAAACGUAAGGAUGCCGAACUAACGGAUCAACAAGUCAGGGAACAUGUGGCUCAGCGAAUUCCGGCGUUCUAUAAGCAACUGCACGCGGGUGUAAUUUUCGUAGAUGAACUGCCACAUAAUACUAACGGCAAGUUGCUGCGAAAGGAGGCGAAGGCAUUAUUUGGGUCAAUAUGAAGGGAAUGUGGUGGGGGAGUCCAUAUGAAGUUGAUAUGCUUCGGAACUAUUAAUUAAGUAGUUGUAAGAAAAUACUACAUUUUUAGGUAGUUAAAAAAUGUUAAAUUUAGUUAUAACUUUAGUAGUAUUUAGUAAGUUUUGUUCAUUAGUUUAAGAAAUAAAAGAAACUGUAGGACAAAAAUUUUCUGAAAAAAUAUUUCAUACAUUACUGUAUGUAGGAAUUUUUAUAUUGCUUUUUGGAAAGCAAGAAGUGUUCUAGUGAAGUCUGCAUAUUUCUUAAAGUGUUGCCACCUGUUUGCAAAUAAAG